CAACCCCGCCAGCAGCACCCACGGACCCCGGACGGUUUCCGAACCCCCAGCAGGAAGCGAGGCUGUUUGUAGUGCUGACAGGCCGGGGGGUGCUCCGUCUUGCCAUGGCGGCGCUUGGCGCUUAUCGGUGCAUCGAGUGCAACAAGGAGGCGGCGGAGCUCUACCGGGAUUACCGGCGCGGGGUGCUCCGCAUCUCUAUCUGCAAAUCCUGCCAGAAACCUGUGGACAAAUACAUUGAGUAUGAUCCUGUUAUCAUAUUGAUUAAUGCUGUUUUAUGUAAAACACAAGCAUACAGGCACAUCCUUUUCAAUACCAAGAUAAAUAUUCAUGGGAAGCUCUGCAUAUUCUGCUUGCUCUGUGAAGCUUAUGUCAGGUGGCUGCAGCUACAGGAUUCAAGCCAAAAUUCAGAUCCUGAUGACUUAAUCAGAUAUGCCAAGGAAUGGGAUUUUUAUCAGAUGUUUGGUAUAGCUUCUUUAGAACAAACUUCAUUUUUGGUUGGCAUUUUUCUUACCCUGUGGUGGAUGAGACCUGAGAUGCUGAAGACAAAGUCUGACUUCAUUUUACUGCUCAAAGCUCUGCUCUUGUCCAGCUAUGGAAAGCUGUUGCUGAUUCCAGCUGUAAUUUGGGAACAUGACUACACACCUUUGUGCCUUGCAUUUAUAAAAGUGUUUGUCCUGAUAUCAAACUCUCAGGCAAUUAGAGUUACAUUGAACUUAAACAGAACACUCCCUUGGCUGGCCAUCUUCUUUGGAUUAAUUUUGGAGAACAGUGUGGUCUGCUUCUUCCAGAAAAUGGGAUUGGAUGUUUGAAACAUCAGCCCAGACCUGAAGAAAGAGAAACCACAUGCUGAUCAUUUGCUAGGAAUGAUGUCUGCCAGCAGGCUCCAAAGACACUACUUCCAUAGCAAUAAAGAAGGUGAUAGAUAAGAAAAACUUGCAUGAGUGGUGAGUGUAGACAGUUUUAGGGUGACUUAAAAUGAGACAUUUCAGAAGUUUGCUAUUUAGUGUGGUGAGCCAUAAAACUGAGCUUGUUUAUUUUCACGUUCAAAAAUAAGAAUGUGUCACUGUCCUUACAGCUUUAUGAAUCUGGCAGCAUAGCUAUGGCUGUAACAAAGAAAGGUGCACUAAAAAAAAUUCAUCAUUGCAUUUUGGCAGAAAGAGGAGGAUGAAUUAUUCCCUUGAGAGGAAGGAAAGGAGUCAGUGGAAACAUGGGAAAGCUACAAUUUGUACUUCUGCAAAAACAAGUUUUCAAAGAGAAAAUUGAAUGGCAAGAGAAA